GUGUUUUCUCGAUGGACGAGGACUCGAUUUCUCGGGACUGUGAGCCGUUCUUUGAAUCAGAAGGAGAAGAGGAGAGCACCGACGGCUCUUUGAGCGAGGAGGCUCCGCCCCCGCCGCGCGGCAUAAAUAUGGGUCAGCACGUGUUCGCGGCCCGUCACGCCCACUCCCUGGCUUUGGCCCGCUCCCUGCCUGUGUCUGUACCUGUGUGGGGCUGCAAGAGCACCAGAGCCGCUCAGGGGGACAGCAGCAGCGGUGAACGGGUGGGCUGCGCCGACCUGGAGCACAUCGCUGCCAGCAUGAAGGCCCUGCUGGUCCCCGGAGCCACCGACGGGACGGAGAUGUUCGGGGCGCUGCCGCGACCCCGUCUCAACACCGGUGACUUCUCGCUGAAGCACUGAGGGAGGAGGGGGGCCGAGCUGGGCGAGCAGAGAAAGAGAGAGAGAGGAGAUUGUGACAAAUGUGACGUUSAGUAUGUGAAACAUUGUAAAAGCUAG